AUGCGGAUUGUGAUGGAUCAUCAAGACGCCGGCGAUGGCGAGGAGCGCCAGCAGCAGCUGGAUGAUCGUGACGAUGAGCAAGACCAUGUGCUGUCGUCGCCACCGGAAGAGGAUGGAAACCAAGAGCCGCUGGAGAUCGACAAGGAAUCAGUUGUGCAGCAGCUGCAGGUACCGUUACCGCCGCCGUCGUCGUGUCGGGCUGCGGCGGCCAGCUUCAGGGAGAGCCUGUCCCGCUCCCUCUCCUUCUCCCUCAACGAGCAGGAGAAGGACGACGAGGUUGAGCUGAGAUGGGCGGCCGUCGAGAGGCUGCCCACCCUGGACAGGCUCCACACCUCGCUGCAGCAGCUCCAUGCAGCGGCGGACAAGGACCAGGACCAGCUGAAGGCUCCUCCUGCGCCAUGGCAGGCGGUGGACGUGCGCACGCUGGGUGCGGCGGAGCGGCGCACGGUGGUGGACACCCUCAUCGCCAAUAUCCACCGGGACAACCUCCGCCUGCUCCGCAAGCAGCGGCAGAGGAUGGACCGCGUCGGCGUCCGCCUGCCCACGGUGGAGGUGCGCUGGCGCGACGUCCAAGUCGAGGCCGAGUGCCAGGUGGUGCACGGGAAGCCGCUGCCCACCCUCUGGAACGCCGUCGUCUCCAGCCUCUCUGUGGUGAGCACCAUGCUGGGCCUCAACCGCCAGCAAGAGGCCAGGGUGCGCAUCCUCCACGGCGUCAGCGGCGUCGUCAAGCCGUCCAGGCUGACGCUCCUCCUGGGACCCCCUGGCUGCGGCAAGUCCACACUCCUCAAGGCGCUCGCAGGGAAGCUCAACGCCACCAGUCUCAAGGUGACAGGAGAGAUAGAGUACAAUGGCGUGGAGCUGAGUGGCUUCGUUCCGGAGAAGACGGCGGCUUACAUCGACCAAUACGACCUUCAUGUCCCUGAGAUGACUGUCAGAGAGACCAUCGACUUCUCUGCAAGAUUCCAGGGCGUUGGCAACAGAGCAGAGAUCAUGAAGGAGGUGAUUAGAAGGGAGAAGGAGGCCGGCAUUACCCCUGACCCUGACGUCGACACUUACAUGAAGGCGAUAUCUGUGGAAGGUUUAGAAAGGAGCAUGCAAACAGACUACAUUAUGAAGAUUAUGGGACUUGACAUAUGUGCUGACAUAAUGGUGGGAGAUGCAAUGAGAAGAGGUAUUUCAGGCGGUGAGAAGAAGAGACUUACCACAGGAGAAAUGAUAGUAGGACCCUCAAAAGCACUCUUCAUGGAUGAAAUAUCAACUGGGUUGGAUAGCUCCACAACAUUUCAAAUUAUUUCUUGCCUCCAACAGUUGGCUCAUAUCUCAGAGUCUACCAUACUAGUCUCACUUCUUCAACCAGCACCAGAGACGUAUGAGCUUUUUGAUGAUAUUAUCUUGAUGGCUGAAGGAAAAACUGUAUACCAUGGAUCUAAGAGUUGCAUUAUGAGUUUCUUUGAAUCAUGUGGAUUCAAGUGCCCUGAUAGGAAAGGCUUUGCUGACUUUCUCCAAGAGGUCUUAUCGGAAAAGGAUCAACAACAAUAUUGGAGCCGCGGUGGAGAAUCAUACAAUUUUGUUACCAUUGACCAGUUCUGUGACAAGUUCAAAGUGUCUCAAAUUGGCCAGAACCUUGCUGGGGAGAUUUCAAAGCCUUAUGACAAAUCAAAAGGGCAUAAAAAUGCCUUGUCCUGUAGUAUCUACUCGUUAUCCAAGUGGGAACUCCUCAAAGCAUGUUUCGCAAGGGAGCGUCUCCUCAUGAAACGAAAUGCCUUCAUCUACAUAGCAAAAAUUGUUCAGAUUGCACUACUUGCUGCUAUUACUGGGACGGUAUUUUUGAACACGCAUAUGGGUGUUGAUAGAGUUCUUGCUAACUAUUACAUGGGUUCACUAUUCUUUGCACUGAUCCUGCUGAUGGUGAAUGGAUUCCCUGAGCUUUCUAUGGUAGUUAGCAGACUUCCAGUCUUCUACAAACAAAGAGACUACUACUUCUAUCCUGCAUGGGCUUAUGCAGUACCGGCUUUUAUCCUAAAGGUUCCAAUCUCUUUAGUUGAGUCAAUAGCUUGGACAUCACUAUCUUACUUCCUCAUUGGCUAUACUCCCGAGGCAUCCAGAUUCUUACAUCACCUUCUUAUCCUCUUCCUAAUCCACACUGGAGCGUUGUCGAUGUUUAGAUGUGUCGCCUCUUACUGCCAAACAAUGGUGACCGGUGUAGUGGGUGGUACAGUGGCACUUCUACUCAUCCUUCUAUUUGGGGGUUUCCUCAUUCCUCAUCCAUCCAUGCCUAAUUGGCUGAAAUGGGGAUUUUGGCUUUCACCAUUAUCAUACGCUGAGAUAGGUUUAACUGAAAACGAGUUCUUAGCACCAAGAUGGAUAAAGUUCACAGUAUCUGGUGUGACACUUGGAAGGAGGAUAUUAAUGGACAGAGGGUUGAACUUCUCUAGCUACUUCUAUUGGAUUUCAAUUGGAGCAUUGAUUGGGUUUAUUUUGUUAUUUAGUAUAGGUUUUGCUGCUGGCUUGACUAUUAAAAAGUCUCCAGGAACUUCUAGGGCUAUUAUUUCUCAUGAUAAGAUUACCAAAUUUAAUAGAAGAGACCAGUGUACAUUUAUGGACACUAAAGAUGGGAUAGAUAAGCCACAAGAAAAUUCUUCUACUCCUAGCAGGACUGGAAGGGUGGUGUUACCUUUUUUGCCCCUUACAAUAUCAUUUCAGGAUGUGAACUACUAUGUCGACACACCUGCGGAAAUGAGGGAGCAAGGCUACAUGGAGAGAAAACUUCAACUACUCCACAACAUCACAGGAGCCUUCCAGCCAGGAGUCCUUUCAGCACUCAUGGGGGUCACUGGGGCAGGGAAAACAACCUUGCUUGAUGUUCUUGCUGGGAGGAAAACUGGUGGUAUUAUUGAAGGAGAUAUAAGAGUAGGAGGCUAUCCUAAAGUUCAAAAAACUUUUGCUAGGAUAUCAGGUUACUGUGAACAAACUGAUAUUCACUCCUCACAAAUCACAGUGGGUGAGUCUGUUGCAUAUUCAGCCUGGUUGCGUCUUCCAAUAGAAAUUGACUCCAAAACACGAGAUGAAUUUGUCAAUCAAGUUCUUGAAAUAGUUGAGUUGGACAAAAUAAGAGAUGCUUUGGUUGGAAUACCUGGGAUAAAUGGACUAUCUAUAGAGCAACGGAAGCGUCUCACAAUUGCAGUUGAGCUUGUAUCCAACCCUUCAAUCAUAUUCAUGGAUGAGCCAACAUCAGGCUUGGAUGCAAGGGCAGCGGCUAUUGUCAUGCGUGCAGUGAAGAACGUUGCAGACACAGGUCGAACAGUUGUGUGCACUAUUCACCAACCAAGCAUCGAAAUAUUUGAGGCAUUUGAUGAGCUGAUGCUGAUGAAGAGGGGUGGACAAUUGAUCUAUGCUGGGCCGCUUGGACACCAUUCGUGUAUGCUCAUCCAAUAUUUCCAGGCAAUACCUGGGGUACCCAAGAUCAAGGACAACUACAACCCAUCAACAUGGAUGCUGGAAGUUACAUCAACAUCUUUGGAAGCUCAACUAGGAGUCGAUUUUGCACAAGUUUACAGGGACUCGUCAAUGUAUAAGGAUAAAGAUGAACUCAUAAGACGCUUGAGCAUACCACCUUUGGGUACAAGCAACCUCCAUUUCCCAACAUGGUAUCCACAAAAGUUUUGGGAGCAGUUCAAAGCUUGCAUUUGGAAGCAAUAUUUAUCAUAUUGGAGAACCCCUUCCUACAACUUGGUGAGGAUUGUGUUCAUAACAGCCACCAGCAUUACCUUCGGGGCAUUAUACUGGCAGCAAGGAAACAUAAACCGCAUAAAUGACCAACAAGGCCUAUUCAAUAUAUUGGGAUGCAUGUUUGCUACCACUCUAUUUGCUGGCAUCAACAACUGCCAAUCGGUUAUGCCAUUCAUCUCCAUUGAGCGAUCUGUCAUGUACAGAGAAAGGUUUGCAGGAAUGUACUCUCCUUGGGCUUACUCCUUUGCACAGCAAAUACCAAAAUGGUGGCUAUGGUUGUACUACAUGUCCCCCAUGUCAUGGACACUCAAUGUACUCUUCACCACCCAGUUUGGGUAUGAGGACCACAAGAAGAUUGAAGUAUUUGGGGAGACCAAAUCUGUCACAACAUUUCUUAGAGACUACUUUGGUUUCCGACGUGAAUUGCUACCCCUAACAGCUGUAGUUCUGGCGGCCUUCCCCAUCUUCUUUGCCACUCUAUUCGGUUACAACAUUUCAAAACUAAAUUUCCAAAGGAGAUAA